AUGGUGUGGAGCAUAUAUGGUUUUGAGCCCAAGUCUACAUGCCCUCUUGUACCAAUUAUGAAACCUUUGCAUAAAAGGAGGACAAUCUGCCGCAACAUUCAAGGCAGCACUGAUCGGGCCAUCGAAGCUGGGGCCAGUGGAGUAUGCUCUCAUGAUCGGGUCAGUGGUGGAGCAAGUGGUGAUACCAGGGCCUGUGGUGAUGGCUCUCAUGGUGGUGGUGAUACCGGAGCCUAUGGUGAUGGUUCUCGUGGUGGUGGUGACACUGGGGCCUAUGGGGACGGCUCUCAUGGUGGUGGUGAUACCGAGGCCUAUGGGGAUGGCUCUAGUGCUGGCGGUGAUGGCAGAGCUAGCUCUCGUGUUGAUGUUCGAGGUGGUGGUGAUGUUCGAGGUAUUUCUCCUAGUGGUGGUGAUGGCUCUCGUGAUACUGGAGCCGCUGGUGAUGGCGGAGCCUGA